AGGCGUGCUUCAGAUAGCAGAUUCAAUACUAUCAUUACAGUCAGUGUGAGACCUCCCCCUUGCAGCUGCCUGGAAUGCUAUGAUGUCAGGGCUGGGGAAGAGGGGGGAGGGGAGCAGUUGCGGGCUCUCAGGCCAAUAGAGACACUGACUCUCACGGAAGAGUCAGAGGUGGAAGAAAAAACAUAAAGCUAUUUCUGUAAGCAAGGAGAGCAUUGUGGACAUAACAAAAGGAAGUGCAAUACCAUCAUCAUGCCCAAGUGCAUAAUAACAAAAUGCCCCCACAGGACCGGAGGAAAACCUACCAAUCCAACUGUAACGUUGCAUGGUUUUCCUAAUUCCAUUGAGAGAAUAAAGGAAUGGCUUCUGCAGACGGGACAAACAUUUCAACAUUUGGAUGCCCUUGCAGACAUCAUCCUGGAGGGGAAGCGUUGUGAUUUGUACCGAAUGUGUUCCACUCACUUUGUUGAAGACAGCUAUGUUAAUACGGGUAAACGUAAAAAACUUAAGCGCACGGCUGUACCCACUAGAUUUCCAGUGCCCCCAGAAGGUAGAUUACUAAUUGAGGAAUUGCAUAUUAUUGAAUCAAAAAAUCGAGAAAACCAAACUGAUGGUCAAGGUGGCACCUCUGUUUGCUUCCUUUGUGGUAUGUCACCAAGUGUUGCAUCCAGUAAGAAAAUGCUUGAUCAGGCCACACAAACUGAGUGGGGUCCGGCAGUUUCACAAGUACAGCAUAUUUACCUUUUCGCUAAUACUACCCCAAACGUGGAAACUGCAUGCCCAAAUCCUGUAGUAUGUAUGCCUGUCGAACGCGGGAAAGGAUCAUCAAAUGAGGAUAGAGUAAAAGCAUUAGUAAUAGAUCCUCGAAGUGCAUUCAUUGAGUUCAAUGUCCCACAUCCACCUUUACAGAUUGAAGGAGAACAUACUCAGAGUAGAAUUCUUUCAUUUCCGAUACAUGGGGGAUCAAAAUUAGAGGAAACUGUAGAUCAAAGACAAAAUGGGAACUGCAAACCUUUAAAGGAAAGUGUUUAUGGUUCAGAAAAAAGUUUCCCCCAAUCAUUUCUAGAGCAACGCAAUGGAGAUUCUAUUACCAACAUGGUGAAUGAGUCCAAAUAUAUUGUGUUUGAGCAAUGUCUGGAUAAAUUAAUUCACAAGGUAAAGUGUCAAGAUCCAAGUGGUUGCACUAAAGUUGUUCAUAAAUACAACAAAGAAUUUCAUGGGUCAGCAGUUAUCAUUCGUGGCACAUGUGAAGAUGGACACUAUUUUCGUAUCUGGGAAAGUCAACCAAAAAUCAACCGCUAUUAUGCAGGAAACAUUCUGCUUGCAGCAAGUCUAAUAACAACUGGCCAAACCUUUCAGAAAAUUCAAGCAUUUUUUAAAUGUUUUGGAGUACGCCACAUUUCGGAACAAAAAUUCCACCACUAUCAGAGACAUUUUAUAUUUCCAACAAUCCAUGACUCCUGGAAGGCACAACAAAAUCGGGUGCAAAGCAAUUUACAAGACACACCAAUAGCCAUCCGUGGCAAAAGGCAAUGCUAUAGAAAAAAUCGCAACACCAAAUAUUGUGUGUACACAAUUAUGGACAUGAUAUCUGACAAAGUCUUAGAUUUUGAGGUAGUUCAGGGCUCUCAGUGCACUACCUUCAUUGAGAUGGAGAGUCAAGGAUUUGAUAUCUGUAUGUCCCGAGCAAUAUCAAGCGGACAGGACAUUGCUUUUUUUAGUUCCGAAAGGCACAUGAGUGUGCAGAAGCUUAUGAGGACAAAAUACAAAAACAUUCAUCAUCAGUAUGAUGUUCGACAUUAUACCAAAAGUCUCAAAAGCAUGUUAACAAUUGCCUCUCGUGAAUGCAGUGGGAUAAGCAUAAAGCCAUGGAUAUCCCAAAUUCUUAAACAUUUCUGGUGGAGUAUUCAGACCAGUAAAGGCAAUGUGGCUCUAAUAAAGGAAAAAUGGCUGUCUCUUCUAAAGCACAUACAGAAUAUCCACACAUGGCAUGAUGGUGUGCUUUAUCAUAAAUGUGCACAUGCAGCAUUAUCUGAGGAAGCAUACUCUGGAUUUUUAUGGCUUAAAGAAGGCACAGUUGCAUAUGAUAAAGUUUCUGAAAUCAUUUGCAACUCUAAACUUUUGGAACAUUUAGAUCAACUGGUGUGGAAUUGCCAUACAGGUGCGCUAGAUGUCUUCUAUAGCAAUUCUCUGAAAUUUCACACAAAAUGCGCUCCUUGUUCUAUUGAUGCCUUAAAAGCCAGAACAGGGCUAGCAGCAAUAAGUCACAACCACAACAUUGACCGAAUACCAGCUACUAUAUCCACUACCCCUCUAGGAACUAAGCUGCUUACACCAAAGAGAAGACAAAAUUGGCUAUUGCACACCAUAAAUGAACCAGGGGCAAAUGCACAUCUCAAUUGUAUUCUACAAGACACACUCAGAAAAGCGGGGGGUGUUAGGACAAGUACUAGGGUUUCAAAAGGGCCUCCGAUUCCUCAGAACAUAAUUAAAAUAGAGAAACCAGACAAGUUGGAUGUUGCCAUCACACACGUUUCCAGAUUCAUUUCUAGAAAAAAAAGAUUAAAAACAGACCAAGGUGGUUCCUGAAACCUUGGCUUGUAGUGCUUCGUAGCAGUACAAAUGCCGUUUUAUUUUCGGACUAUCUGUCCAUUUUACAUUGCUGGUAUUUACCCCUUAACUCUUUCGCUACAGCCACUGGAAACGUGUGUAAAUUUAACAGGCAGACUUGCCUGUCAGGUGGGCUGCCGCCCGAUUGCCUCCACGCACCCCGAAUACCACCCCCGCCAUGUAUUGCAGGCUCCGCUUGCCCAUCUGCGGGCCUGGGACCUACAUGGUGGGUGCUGGAGGUUAGAGGGGAAGGAGAAGAUCGGACACACAUCUGUUCUUCUCCCCUUCUCGCUUUGCCCUCGAAAGUGAUCGUGUAUGGCGCCACUUCUCGGUCAGCCUCUGUUUACCCGACUACUAUAUCCGGGAAAGGAUACAUUCAUUGGAGCCAUGCAGGUCUCAUUACAGAGAAGUUAACCACUUCAAUACCAGGCACUUUCCCCCCUUCCUGCCCAAGCCAAUUUUCAGCUUUCAGCGCUGUCAUGUU